AUGUUUGAUGCACCGUACGGAUUGAAGAAAGUUCCACACCCCGAUACAGCUAGCGGAGGGGAGAUGUGGGUCCAUUGUUGGCUUGAGAACACCAUAGAGAAGGAGAUCUGGCAUGAAGCGGUAGAAAAACAACACUAUCUGGCUACUGACGCAGGGUUCGGUAUGGUGGACGGAGUGUUGGGUAACAACUGGGCAAAUGAGCCUGUCAGGACGAUGUUGAAGGAGAUGAGGACGAUCCUCUUCGUUGAAACGCACCAAGCCACUCCCGCAUGCUCGACGUCAUCAACACUGCACUCUUCAAGCUCUUGGGCCAGGGCGGUAGGCGGUGGCGGAUUUGCCAAAUGCUCACAGAUGCUCCCUGCCUUGUGCAUGAAUUUGUUGUACCACAAGGAUCGUCAAAAUGCCGAUCUCAAUCUCUUUGCUCGCAUGCCCUGUCCCCCAGUCCAAGAACGCAAGCUCAUGCCUGGUAACUCGUCACAGUACCUGAAAGGCACUGGUGGAAAGACAGCGGAUCGCAUUAAUGUAAUGGCCGCGCCUGUGGUGCUGAAGGAACUUCGGAAGGAAUGGGCAUCUUAG